GCAUAAGCCUUUCACUUAAACGUUACUCAGUCAGCAGACGGAAUUUGUGAGUUGUGAGCUUUUGGGGGGAAUUUGCUUGCAUGAAAUGGCGUCCACGUGUUUACGAGUAUCUCAGGGCUUAAUUCCCAAUAUUCGUGGAAUUGUUAGGAGAAAUUACUUAAACCAUGGCUCUGUUAGUGCUGUAAGACAUUUGUCUACUCCAGCUGAUGAGAAAGCCGCAGCUCCUGAACUCUCUGAGAAUGAGAAAAAGCUGGUAGCUGAAAUUGAAUGUCUCAACAAAGAUGUUGAAAAUUAUAAAGAAAAAUGUAGUGAUCUUGAUGAUAAGUACAAACGAUCUUUGGCUGAUACUGAGAACAUGAGAAAGCGUCUGACUAAGCAGAUCGAGGAUGCCAAGUUGUUUGGAAUCCAAGGCUUCUGCAAGGAUCUCUUGUCUGUUUCAGACAUUCUUCAAAAAGCAACAGAAUGUGUACCAGCUGAUCAAGUUCAAACAAAUAGCCAUUUAAAAAAUCUGUACGAGGGUUUGACGAUGACUGAGGCUGAACUCCAAAAGGUGUUCAAGCGUCAUGGGUUAGCUCAAGUUAGUCCACUAGGGGAGAAAUUCAAUCCAAAUCAUCAUGAAGCUUUGUUUGAACAGCCCGUUGAAGGAAAAGAACCGGGAACUGUGAUAGCAGUUACCAAGAUCGGCUACAAACUUCACGAAAGGAUCGUCCGUCCCGCGAUGGUAGGCGUCGCCAAGUAAACACUCGCCGAGAUUGUACAGAUAUUCAGCUCUGAUGGCAGUAAAUCCAAGUCCCUAAUCAUUUAAUCUGUGCGAACGUAAUUCCCUCGUUUCAAAGAUCAUCUUCGGGCAAAUGCUCAUACGUUUACUCUAUAUUAUGACAUGAGCUCGAGGUGAUCUUGCUAGAAUGUUUCGCAGAGAUCCAAUGAUUCGACCACUCUUAUUCAUAGCUUACUAGUUUAUUUGGCAUGUUGCCAAGACUCCACGAAGAAGAAUAAAACAAUUCUUUUUAAUAGUCAA